CCAAUUAGGCCUGAAAUCUUUAUGCCUUUGUUCAGGCUCACGCGGAGGCUCAUCCUGAGCAAAAAGACAGGUCUAUGUCAUUAGCAGGGUCCAGCCCAUAUCGAAAGUGGGUUUUUCUUUUAAUGGGUUCGAGGUUCGACUGGCUGUGACUUGGUCGAUGGAGAUAAGGGCAUUGCUGCCAAGAGGCAGAACCCAGAUUCGACUGGAGCCACAUCUCUUUCGAGAGUGGUUCACUCCUUUGUCGGUCAUGCUGAUACAAACAAAGCUUUCAUUUUUUCAAAGCUAGUCAUACAUCUUAUCAAAUCUUAAUUAGUAUCCUUAAUUACCACAAGUUUCGUGUCUUUUUCAAAUUAUUCUUCAAAAUUGGAAAUUUUCUGAAACUACAACAAAAGGUCAACCUGAUGGCAAAUACAAGCUGCAAGAGUACUAGCUAGCAUAUACCCUAAUGUGUUUUUUCUUGUGUAAAACUUCAUAGCUAUUUAAAUACUACAUCAGGAAAGAUCUGUUCCAUUGAAAUUAAUUGUGGUGGAAAAGCCAUUUCUCAAAGUACUUCUUCUUCAUCUCCUUCAUUUUCAGACACCAUUUGAAUGGUAUGUAUCAAACUAUAGUAUAGAAAAUUAACAUAUUAAAAAAAAUCUUUUAAAAUUUCCUUUGGUACAUUUCUUAAAAAAUAAAGCCGUUAAUGUUUGAACUCCUAAUCUCCUACACUGGUCUUAUUUUAAGUCGUACUAACUCAUAUUCUCGACCAUUGUUAUGGCAGAUCAACUCAUACAGGGCACAGCACUGAUUAUUGAGUACUGUAUAUGGCUUCUGGUGUAUCGAGCGCUCUUUCAAGAUGUUGAAGUGGAAAAGAUUAAACUACCCAGAAAAGUCAUUGCAACCGAAACCUCAAAUGAGGUUGAGAAGGUUUCAGUAGGCAAAAGUUUUCCCAGGAAAGUGCUUUCCAGAGUGUUUUCAGAAGAUUAUGAAUAUGAUGCAGUGGAGAAGACAAUACUGGAUCCUCGAGGACCUGUCAUAGACAAAUGGAACAAAAUUUUCUUUGCAGCUUGCUUAACUUCAUUAUUUGUGGACCCUCUUUUCUUUUUGCUGCCUCAAGUUGAGAACAAUUGCAUUCAUGUGUCUACCAAUCUUGAAGUAGCUUUUACAGUCAUCAGGUCCUUAGCUGAUGUAGUUUACAUUUUCCACAUUUUUGUUCGGUUUCGAAUGGCUUAUGUUGCUCCUUCCUCUCGGGUAAUUGGAAGAGGAGAGCUGGUUGUAGAUCCUGCAAAGAUUGCUUCAAGAUACCUUGACAGGGAUUUUUGGUUUGACAUGUUGGCUGCUCAACCUAUUCCCCAGGUGCUGACUUGGGCUGUGAUGCCUAGUUUAAGAGGUUCAUCAAUGGUGCAUACAAGAAUUGUCAUUCGAACCUGUAUCAUAAUUCAGUAUCUUCUAAGGCUAUAUCUCAUUUUCCCUCUUUCAUCUCAAAUCAACAAGGCCACUGGUGUUGUCCUGGAAACUGCUUGGGCUGGGGCAGCUUAUAAUCUGGUGCUCUAUAUGCUGGCAAGCCAUGUCUUGGGAUGCUUGUGGUACCUCUUAGCAAUUGAACGGCAGGAACACUGUUGGAGAAAAGUUUGUAGUCUGGAACAAGGAGAAUGCAAUUAUUCAUUUAUAGACUGCAGUUUUGUGGAUGACCCUGGCAGAGUGUCCUGGUUAAUAUCAAGCAAUGUCUCAAACCUAUGUGAUCCAAGUAGUGGAUUCUUUGAGUUUGGCAUCUAUGGCGAUGCAUUGGCUUCUCAAGUUACAUCCUCAAGCUUCUUCAAGAAAUUCUUCUACUGCCUUUGGUGGGCGUUUCGGAAUUUGAACUCUCUGGGACAGGGACUCUCCACAAGCACUUACAUUGGAGAAAUAAAUUAUGCCAUGAUUGUGGGAAUUGUUUCCUUGAUGCUUUUUGGUCUGCUUAUUGGAAAUAUGCAAAGAUAUCUCCAGUCCAGCAGUGCACGACUGGAACAAUGGAGGACCUUCAAGACUGAUGCAGAGAGAUGGAUGCGUCACAGGCAGCUGCCUCAUGAAAUGAAGGAGAGCGUUCGAAGAUAUAAUCAACACAGAUGGUGUGCAACUGGAGGAGUUGAUGAAGAGGCUAUACUGAAAAGCCUUCCCAUGGAUCUCAGACGCAUCAUCAAGCGACACCUCUGCCUCGAUUUAGUUCGGAAAGUACAGCUCUUUAAUAUGAUGGAUGAGCAGAUGCUUGAUGCAAUAUGUGAAAGGCUGAAACCUUGUCUAUAUGAUCAAGGAACUUGCCUGGUUCGUGAAAGUGAUCCUGUCAAUGAGAUGAUUUUCAUUAUCAGAGGUCGCCUAAACUCUUACACCACCAAUGGUGGGCGUGCCGAUUUCUUCAAUUCAUGCGUUAUUGCUCCUGGUGACUUCUGUGGGGAGGAAUUGUUAACCUGGGCAUUAGACCCUCGUUCAAAUUCGAACAUUACCCUCCCUUUGUCUACACGAACAGUUAUUGCCAUUACUGAUGUUGAAGCUUUCGCGUUAAUUGCUGAGGACUUGAAGUUUGUAGCAUAUCAAUUCCGUAGGCUGAACAGCAAACAACUGAGGCAUGUAUUCAGGUUUCACUCUCUGCAGUGGAGGACAUGGGCUGCUUGCUUCAUACAAGCAGCAUGGUUUCGGUAUAAAAGAAGGAAGGAGGAAGCUGAGUUGAAUAGGAUUAAGACAAGUAUGAGUGGAGGGAAAAAGGAGCGGACAUGUUCAUCAUCCUUGCUUCAAGUGGCUACUAACUUCACUAUUUAUGCAUCAAAAUUGGCUGCAAGCACUAGGAGGGGUGGACCAAAGCCAGAAGAACCUGAUUUUACGGAUGAAAAAUAAACAUUUCAAUAAUAUGUUUUAGAUGCCUCUUUCCAAUGUGAUCUGAAUGAUCUGAUCUUCCUCAAAGCCUACAAUAUGGGAACUCUAGCAUAGCAUUCUUAUGGUUAUGUUGAGAUAUGUAGGCCUUGAAUUUUAUAUUAUAAUGAUCAUCAUCACAUGUAAUGUAGAAGAAUAAUAAAUAGAGAAGUCGGCUCAGGCUAAUGAAGUCUCAAGUUCAAAUCUCAA